GUGGCCGCGAGGAGUCAGGCGGUGGCCGGCGGGCCGCGGGCCACGGGCCUCGGGCCACGGACCUUGGAGGCAGAAUGCAGACAAUCAAGUGCGUGGUGGUGGGGGAUGGAGCUGUGGGGAAGACCUGCCUUCUCAUCAGCUAUACAACCAACGCCUUCCCUGAGGAAUAUAUCCCUACAGUCUUUGACAACUAUAGUGCUCAGAUGUCUGUGGAUGGCCGCACGGUCAGCCUGAAUCUAUGGGACACAGCUGGCCAAGAGGAGUAUGACCGCCUCCGGACCCUGUCCUACCCCCAGACCAAUGUCUUUGUCAUCUGCUUCUCCAUUGGCAGCCCCUCAUCCUAUGCCAAUGUGCGGCACAAAUGGCAUCCAGAGGUCUCCCACCACUGCCCCAAUGUUCCUAUCCUGCUUGUGGGCACCAAAAAGGACCUUCGCAAUGACCUGGCAACAUUGAAGAGGCUGAAGGAGCAGAGCCUAACACCUACCACUCCUCAGCAAGGGACCUCCCUGGCCAAGCAGGUAGGGGCUGUGAAGUAUCUAGAGUGCUCAGCCCUGAUGCAAGAUGGAGUUGCUGAGGUAUUUGCAGAGGCAGUGAGAGCUGUGCUGUACCCGGUCACCAAGAAGAACACCAAGAAAUGCACCCUCUUGUAGUACCCAGCAGGGACAAUGCCUAGGCACCAUGCAGAGUGGCCAACCCAGCCAGGAAACCUUCCACUUUAACAUAUUGGCCAGUCCUGGGGGGUACUUGAGUCCAGAUGGGGGCUGUCACCUUGCCUUGGGACUGGGCCUGAUUUGGAAGGGGACUUGAGAAUUGGAGAGGGGGAAGGAGACUCUUUUCUUCCAUCCAGACCAGAGCAGAGCAGGGCUGGCCACAGCUUGGCAGGAUUGUCCGUGCGGUGUCACUGUCCCUGCCUGCCACCGCUGCUACCGCUGCUGCUCCUUGGUGCUAAGCAUUGGUCUUUGGGGGGGGGGGGGGAAAGGCAGGUGUGAUUUGUGAUUGCAUGCAGUUUUCCAAAUUGUUCCAUAACUUUUGUUCUUGUUUUUUGAUAUACUCAAUUUUGAAAAUGUUUUCAUUUCUGUUUCCCAGAUGUUCCUGGUGUUUAGUACUGUACCUCCCCUACUGUCCAUGCUCUUCCCACCUCUCUCCCAUGAAACUAGGCAUUUUCA